GCUUGAUCUUGGCGAGCGCACCCGUGGGAAAAUUCUCGAGACAGUUUAGCGCGUGGCACUAGAUCUUCACCUGAGAUAAAGGAACAGUUGAAACGCCACAGUACCUUGAAGUUGGACUUUUGUUCUAACUUGAAAGUUUCAGUUGCUGGAAAUUCAAUAUUGUUCAGGUGCAUUGGAAGCCCCCUCCUGACCAAGGGGGCGUGAGAACGUUAUUCGCCCAAGAUGAGAGCGCUUUUCCCGGUUUUUGUAUGUUGCAUCAGCCUGCUCUUCUCACAACUGCUGGCUCUACCGGUGAGAAACAGGUUGGACUUCAUGCCAAGACUCCAUCAGCUAAGAGAGGAAAAUACCAUCUCUCCGGACGUUACUGAGCACCCAAACACUGACCAUGGCGUCUCCAUCGACCGCACCAUUCUAUGGAGGGCCAUCCUCUCCAAAUCGCCACCUCAAGACCCAAUAAGAAACCCAUCCCACAUCGGUCAGCCAAUGGCAGGAGAGUCCACCAAAAUGGGAGAGAGUGCUAGACACAGAGGUCGUCGCAAUGUGCACUCAAAAGGCCACCAUAACCAUCAUCACGCUCAGCUGAUGCGUGUCGGAUGCGUCCUCGGUACCUGCCAGGUACAAAACCUCAGUCAUCGCCUUUACCAACUGGUCGGGCAAAGUGGACGCAAAGACUCGCCCAUUAACCCACGCAGUCCACACAGUUACGGAUGAGUUUAGGGGGAUGUCCGGCUGAAACUAAGACCAAGAAAACAGCGUUACACACAUCUGUCCUGGUGUUUGUCUAUUUUAUUGCAAUAGGAUACUGCUGUAGUACUCUUUCCUCCUCUCUGCCUUGGUUUUCUGGAGUGUAUACUGUGCCUUUUUGGACAGAAAGGACCUCUUGUUACUUGAUGGCGAAUUUUGAAUUCGGUGCCUCUGAAAUACUUUGACUCUGGCCUCUCAUUUUUUGGUACUCAAACAGAUUCUUUAUUUUAAUAUUGUCAUUUCAUUAAGACUUCAGAUAAGAGAUUAUUCCGGGUUACGCCGCAUUAUGUCCCGACUCAUCUAAGACUGUUAACUUCUACAUCACUGAUCAGACUGGCUGAGCCUUUAAUGUGGAUUUCAACACGGUGUGGGAUUGGAUUUCUGUCAAUGUGAGGCUUGUGUGUUCCAAAAAACUCUGAACCCUCUCACCUUGUGUCUCCAAAAGACUUUUAAGAAGAAAGCAGACUUUCUACAAUUGCUUCGUAAGUGGUGCAAGACCACCAUCUGAUACCUUCUCACUUGAAUAGCUACUGCAACGUUGGGUUUAAAUGUUGGGUUUUACACAAUGGAGAAUUGUUUGAAUUUACAAACACAGUGGUCCCUUGGUUGAACCCGCAUAACAAUACAGUAGCAAUCGCCAUCGAAUCCAGAUUAACACAUUAUUGCUUCUCAGUGCACUUUGAGGUCUGGCAUCUGAAAUAUUACACUUCACGUGGUUCAUAAAGUCACAAGAAUGAGUUAUAAUCCCCAAGGUCUCAGUUUCUACUCUUGACAGAAUCCUGCUGGGCUUUGCCACAUUUUAUAAACAGAAGCAAGACUUUUCGGAGCAUUUUUAAAUUAUGGUUAUAACUCACCCAUAAAUACCCAUUACCAAGGUUACAGAGGCUAAAACUAGCUUAAGGGCUGUUUAAAAAACAUUUUCUCCCAUUUUUAUUGCGAAACACUCUUAAAGGAACAUCUCAUCAUUCCCCAAAAAAUAAUUUUGUCAUGAUUUACUCAUAAAGUUGCAAACCUGUAUGACUUUUUCAUUCUGCGUAACAUAAAAUGUUCAUACAUUGCACGUCAAAGGGAUCUGAAGUUGGUUUUGGACCCCAUUGACUUGCAUUGUAUGGACAAAAACUGAAUUCUUAGUAAACGGCACAACUGUUAAUAUCAUAAAUGCCCUCAAAAAUGUUCUUAACACACACUGACUGGCAUAAUUUAAGUAAUUCUCAAGCUCAUUCUUGUAAUUCUAAUUAAAGAUUCUGGUUCUACCAAAAUUUGAGGAGCAAGCGUUCCAAAGUCUUUCGGGAAAAUGGCCUUCCAAAAGGACUCUUCCAGCCGUGUCAUGUAUUUUAAGAAUUCCCUUUUGUUAUAAUAAUCAUGUCUGAAUACGUGGGUGGAUACACAGACCAAAAAUACCCGACAGACGUAGGAAAAGUAGCUGUAAAAACCAACCGAUUUAAAACUUUACAUGCCUUUUGAGGGGCUGUGGAUGUCGGGGGAAUGCUGUGAGACAUCAAAGUACACGCCUGAGGAUUAAAAUAGCAGAAGUAAUCCUAAAAAUCCUACUUAAACAUCAAAAACUCAAUUUCAGCUAGGUAUCCAGACAAAACUCUCCCACUUUGUGAUGUAUGUUAUAGGACAACUUGCUUUCAAAUGGCUCCAGAAAGGCAGAGAACUGACCAAAAAAGCCUGAAUUUACUUGAUACCUUUCUGUGCAUUUACAUUAUACUGUUCAUUUAUCUUUAAACGGGCUUGAAUUUCAAUUGGAUUUGAUUGUGUUCGUCACUGUAAAAGUCUUUUUCAUUGUCAUGGCUGAUUCUAAUGAUGAUGAUCAUAGGAAGUAGUAAUCGCUGGUGCUUUGGAUCUAAUUUGCUCAAAGGCUCUCUAUAUAUCCGACACCAUUCUCUCUGCUGUAAUCGAUCUGAUUGAUGUCUCUUGACUAAUCAUAAUUAAAAGGCUUUUAAACUGCUGAGAGCCUGGUUAAUCUGUAUUUUUUGCACAGGGAGAGCCUCUUAACCUGCCUCAUGUUGACUUAUAUUGAUCACAUUCCUUUUUUUGACUAUUUAUUUGACUAUUUAUGAGUUGUUGUGAACGUCUUGGUGACAUGGGUUGGAACGUAGCAAGUGCGUCAGUAUCUGGCCCUGAUCGUUCUUUGUACGCGUGUGUUUUUGUGUGCUGCCCCUGUGUAUUGCCUAUUUACAUGACCUUUGUCCCCCUUUAAAGACCUACUUGGUUCAUUAAGAAAAACACAAGCGUUAGCUUUCACGCUAAUGUGAACGUGUUUGUGAUGAAGGAAUACACAGAACGUUAUGAAUCUGUGUCCUGGAGACUUUUAAAGACUUGUGUGUGUGUGUGUGUGUGAACGUCAUCCUGGCCAUGAGCGUAACAUUACAUGUUUUAGCUGAUACUAAAGGUCAGUUGUGUUGUUACUACCUUUGAAGCAGGAGCAUGUUUUUAUUUUUGUCACUUGAACUUCAGAUUGAUCAGUUUUGUGUAUUGAUUUUGAGCAGGAUCUGUAUGAAUGUAUUUUAAAGGGCAUUAGCACACUGCAUGAGGACUGACUCCGUAUCAUGUACACAUCUUUUGUGAAUACUUUUAUUAGGUGUGAUAUUUAAGUUAAUGUAUUUAUGUUUGCAUUUGUGUAUCUAUGUCACCAAAGACAUUAUUUAUCACAUACAGUGUUUUCUCACACCUCAGAGUUGUCCUCUGUGUAU